UUUUUUGCCGAUUAUUGUGAUUUUUGACUUCGACUAUUGCGGUGCAGCUUAUUCCUCCCUGCAGACCACGACUGACGCAAUCGACGCCACAGCCUAGCCACCGCGCCUCCAUCCAUCUCGCUGCCGACCGCCGUACAAGCAGGAGGCCCGGCGAGUCGCAGCCAGGAGGGAGACUCUUUUUCGUUCCACGCUUAACAUUCACAGCCGAUAUAUCACUUCUGUCGUGUCCUCACGCGUCGGACGACACCUCUGUCCGACUCGCUGAGUGCUCGACGCUGACUCGCUCGAUUUUUCACCCUGGCCAGUUGACUAGUUGUCCUUGACGAAGAUAAACCUAUUGCAACUCAAAAGCAUUGAACUGUAUAAUCUUUGUAGGUAAUGGAACCAUGGAGUCAAAUGUGAUGCGUGAUGCUGUAGAGAUUGAAGAAGAAUAUGUCCUACUUGAUCUUGACUCUGUCUCUGAGCAGUUCGACAUUCUGCCAAAUGCACCAUAUGUCUUAUCUGGUUUGGAUACAUUGAGUCCCAUAUUGGUCAUUGAUAACAAAUUGAAGCUGGUGCAGAACAUAGUUGCAUGGAUUGUAGUAGUCAAAUUGAUUGGGCAUUAUGAGGAAACAAUAGGAACAUGUAUUGCUCUUACCGAAGAGGGUGAGUCUUCCCCCAUCGUUCCUGAAGAGAUAGGGCCAUCUGAAGUGAACAAAUCCUCUGGCAGAUGCAAUAUGAAUCCAAAUCUGUGUCCCAGCAAGCAAGUAAAACCAGUUGCCUGCAUCGAUAAGAUUCUCAAGUUUAAAUUAUUGGUAGAUACCAAUGUUCCUGAUGCAAGUGCUCAGCCAUGAGCAAGAAUUUUUCAAAUUAGUCAUCAAUCACGUGGAAAAUUGGUUGUCUUGUGGAUACUUAAGGUAAGUCUUUUAUUUUAGUACUUGAGUAGUUUAGUUUUUUGUUUUGUCCUUCUGUUCACUUCUAUGUAGACUAUGAUUAGCUUAUAUCUGGUCGAUCAACAUCCUGCUUGUGGUUAGCUUUGAGUGCCCAAUUAUGUAGCUGAUGAGCACUCUGUGUCCAUACAUUUAU